AUGGGAGCCUUGUCUUGUGUUAUCGCGCGGGCGGGCGGAGGCAACGGGACAAAUAUCAAUUGGAAGCAACCAACAACAGGUGUCAACAACACUAAAAUGGACGACGCGACAUUGGUUGUUGGUUGUCAUGAACCUCUGGUGCUUUCUGUAUUACGGAUUUACUGGCCAGCUGCGGCCAAACGAAAAAAAGCCAACCGAGGAAAUUACAAGGUUACAGCCGGGAAAAAUUACUCUACUUUACAUGAAUGGCUGAUUGAACCUUUCAGAUUUCGAAAUGCAGUGUGCAAGAGGGGGCCGAGGGCAGAAGUAUUGUGCAAUAUAUUAGGACCGGCGAAGUCACAUAUAUAUCUACCGGAGGCAGUUUUGAUCAUUGAAACAGCAUACUACUCCCUUCAAUUGUCGGGCUUCAAAAGGAAGAAGUGUAUGGUAUUUUAUAGGUAUGGGGAAGAGUGGAUAUGA